GAAAUGUUAAACAGAAGAAAAUAAGGAUGUAUACAUAAACAAUUUACAAAUUAAAAUAACCUUUAAAAUAAUUAUUUUCGUACGACAAAGAAUUAAUGACACUUGUCUACAUUCGUUUGGAUUCGGACCAAAAUCUAAAUAUAUAAUUUCAAAUCCCGUUUACGUCACCAUACCGACUUAAUCAACCAUUGAACGAUAGGCGUUUAAACUAAAAGUAGAAACGGACCAAUUGGAUUAAAGCACGUCUUGUACGUAGUGUUCAAUGUGUUUCUCUCAAGAUGACCCGUAGAGAGUAACCAAAAAAUCAUAAUGUCAUGAAUGUCCAUGAGAUUAAUUCCAACAAAAAUCGAAAUAAUUAGAACUUCUUCUGAUCUCAGUGACUUAAAUCCUUCUGUAAACAUGUCUUCUCAAAAACUACUCUUUUAUGCUGGCGGAAUAUUCGUCUGCUAUUUCUAUUUUGGGAUUUUACAAGAAAAAAUAACUCGAAGUAAAUAUGGUGAAGAAGAUGAAAAAUUUACCUUUACACUGACUCUUGUAUGCUUUCAAUGUAUUAUUAAUGCAAUAUUUGCAAAAAUAAUGUUGUCUACAUUCAUGAAACAAGGAGCUGAUACAACAACAAACAAAUAUUAUGCGUCAUGUGCAUUUUCUUAUUUAGGUGCCAUGGUAGCAAGUAAUAUGGCUUUACAACAUAUUAAUUAUCCAACUCAGGUAGUAGGUAAAUCAUGUAAGCCAAUACCUGUCAUGAUAUUGGGUGUGUUAAUAGGAAGAAAGCAAUACCCAUUGGUGAAAUAUUUGUUUGUUCUCAUGAUUGUAAUUGGAGUAGGAUUAUUUAUGUAUAAAGAUCGUCCGCCCACAACCAUUCACUCAGAAUCAUUAAUAGGCAUGGGAGAAAUACUCUUACUCAUCUCAUUGUCUCUAGAUGGCUUUACUGGUGCAAUUCAAGAACGCAUGAGAAGUGAACAUCAUACAAAAUCUGGUCACAUGAUGUACAGUAUGAAUAUGUGGUCAAUUUUAUUUUCAGGACUAGCUGUUGUUUUUGCUGGAGAAGUUUGGAUGUUCUUACAAUUUGUAGAGAAAUAUCCUUAUGUAUUAUAUAAUAUGUUGAUAUUUUCUGUUAUGAGUGCAUUGGGACAGUUAUUUAUUUUCUUGACUGUUGCUGAAUUUGGACCUUUGCCAUGUUCCAUUGUCACGACGACUAGGAAAUUCUUUACAGUGUUAGCCUCAGUUAUCAUAUUUGGUAACAAACUUUCUAACAGACAAUGGAUGGGAACUGCUUUAGUUUUUGCUGGUUUGACUCUAGACAGUAUUUAUGGAAAGACAAAAAAACAUUAAUUAUUUUCAAAAUUAAUUUUGGACUGUUUGUUUGGAAAAAUAUAGAUUUGAUAUGUAUAGAAUUUUUUUAACCUGUAGAUUUACACUUGAAUCAUCAAACAAAUUUGUCGGGAUUUAUUUAUUUUAAAAUGUGAAUGACUAAAAAAUUCUUGUUUAUGAAGUGAAUUGUUGUUUGUUGUUAAUAUUUAGAAAAAUAUAUACAGAACUCAAAAGA